GCGUUAGCGCCCCGGUCGCAAAUGCAUGGGACGGGCGCCGCCUGACACGUGGGUGUUCCCCACUGCUCAGGGACGGCGCGUGGAGCUAUAAAAACCGUAGGUAGCCCAAAGUCAGCAGCACACCACUACUGGACAACAUGGCUGCCACACGAGCUAUCCUUCUGGUGGCGAUCGGCGUCGCGGCGGUUUGCUUACUGGCGACAGCUGCUCCCGCCGAGGAAACAAGGCCGGCCGAGGCGAGUGCCCCACAGCUGACCGUAGCGGCACCGCCACAGACCGCGGGAAAGACACAGGAAAGCGACGAGUCGAAAGAAAGCGACGAGGACAAGAAGACGAGGAGAGCAGCGGGCGACGAUGGUGAUGAUGACGAUAACAGGAGAAAGAGGGAGGCGGCUCCCGUGAAACCCGGCGACGAUGACAACGACAGGAGGAAGAGGAGUUGGUCGGCAGAGAGCGCCGAGGACCUCUCCGACUCCAGGGACAUCGACGACAGUGACGAAGCUGGUGCCAGGAAGAGGAGAGCAGCGGGCGAUGAUGGUGAUGAUGACGAUGACAGGAGAAAGAGGGAGGCGGCUCCCGUGAAACCCGGCGACGAUGACGACAACGACAGGAGGAAGAGGAGUUGGUCGGCAGAGAGCGCCGAGGACCUCUCCGACUCCAGGGACAUCGACGACAGUGACGAAGCUGGUGCCAGGAAGAGGCGGGCAGCGGCCUCUGACGAUUCAGAUUCAGACUCCGAUUCUGACGACAGCGACUAGGAUGCCACCAUAACGGACCAAGCUAUCACCACCACCACCACCUCAUCAUCCCAUGCCACGCCUGCUGAAUCUCACUAUAUGACAUCCCAGCACACAACUGGUCACAAGGACUGAGAAGAAACAAUUCAUUAGAACUUGUUUAGUAGUUUAUUGUACAGUAUUAUUGUUUAGUGUACAGCAUCAAUAAAACAGCACUUUCGCAAAACUGG